CCACGGGGCAGGCUACCCGGUUGAUCAGGCCCCGGAGCACCAUAGGUCUGCUGCACACAUGGCGGCUCCCUGCAAGGCAGUCAUCAUUCCGGGGAAUGGGGUCGAGGAUGUGGCCACCCACGGGUGGUACGGCUGGGUGAAGAGGGAGCUGGAGCAGAUACCUGGUUUCCAGUGUUCGUCUAAAAACAUGCCUGACCCAAUCACAGCCCGAGAGAGCAUCUGGCUGCCCUUCAUGAAGACGGAGCUGCACUGUGACGAGGAGACCAUCAUCAUUGGCCACAGCUCUGGGGCCAUCGCAGCCAUGAGGUACGCCGAGACCCACCGGGUGUAUGCUCUCGUGUUAGUGGCUGCGUACACAUCUGACCUGGGGGAUGCGAACGAGCGUGCAAGCGGCUACUUCAGCCGGCCCUGGCAGUGGGAGAAGAUCAAAGCCAACUGCCCUCACAUUGUGCAGUUUGGCUCCACUGAUGACCCUUUCCUUCCUUGGAAGGAACAACAAGAAGUGGCCGACAGGCUGGAAGCCAAAUUGUACAAAUUCACUGACCGCGGCCACUUCCAGAACACGGAGUUUCAUGAACUGGUUAGUGCAGUCGGGUCCAUGCUGAAAGUACCAGCGUAGACAGGAUGGCUCCUGCUGUCUGCGUACCAACAUGGGAGGAGGGCAACUAUCAGAUUAUUAAUAGUCGACAAUCUCUAUUAUCACGUGAAUACUGACACAUAAAACAGAUCCAAUUAAGGCCCCAAAUGCCUAAAAAAACACGUUUCAAUUUUCAAACAGCAUUUUUGUUCUCAACAGAAUCUACAUCUCCUCAAAUUGCUGUGACCUAAAAUAUUCUUUUCCCCACUUGGAAAGGGACAGGGGACAGCUUAACCACCCUUACCUGUCCAAAGUGAGUAAGACAGAAACAAAACCUAGGUUUCCUGACCCCCUAGUUCGGAUUAAAACAGGUUUCAUGUUACGAUGAAGGAGCUGCCCUGCUCUCUGACAUAAAACUUUUGUUUUCGGGGAAAGAAAACAUGACUGAAGGCCCAGUAUUGGUGAAGAGCUCUGAACACUCUUCAGUUGGGAGCUGACCCCAGACGUUAACCCAGACCAAGUCCUUCCCCUUUGACACCUGACCCCUCACCCUCAAACACACCGAGAGUGACACAUAAGGAGGUGGAGGCAGGGGUGUGCAGGGGCAGGUGGUGAACAUGAGAAGAGCCGACUGGAUCGGCGAGGAUCGGGCCAGACCGCUGAGGGCAACCGGGCAAUGAACAGGGAGAACUCCUGGGCCCUGUUGCCAUGUGGGAAUUUUUGCCAAGAUAUUGCCAAUCUUUCUGAUUUUUCAAUAAAAACAAAUUUGUACAGUGGGUUUUAAA